AUGGAUUACAGCUCGUUCAGUGGAGUCCCCCGGUUCUUGACCCGACCUAAGGCGUUUAUGGUGUCUGUGGGGAAGGAUGCCACCUUGAGCUGCCAGAUCAUUGGAAACCCCAUCCCAGUUGUGAGCUGGGAAAAGGAUAAACUUCCAGUCCAGUCUGGAGGAAGGUUUAAAACCACGGAAGAUGGGGAUCUCUAUCGGCUAACAAUCUAUGAUCUGAACCUGGAGGACAGCGGCCAAUACAUCUGCCGGGCCAAGAACACCAUUGGGGAAGCUUUUGCAGCUGUCAGCAUCAAAGUUGGAGAGGAGACCACAGUAACGGAGUCAGCCCCGUACUUCAUCCAGAAACCCUCCUCCAUCAAAGUAACAUUGGGAGAAGAUGCCAUGUUCAAAUGCAAAGUCCAGGGCAGCCCUCCCCUCUCGGUCAACUGGGAGAAGGAUGGGAGACACCUGCAGAACCAGGCUGAUGCUGGACGCUUCCAGAUUGAGUCUGCUGGGGAGUCAAACGCUCUCACCAUCCAGCGAGCCCGGCUUGGGGACAGCGGCACCUACACCUGCCGGGCAGAGAAUCCCAUCGGCUCCGCCAGCGCUUCGGCUGCGCUGGUGGUGGAAACGCAGGGUUUUUCCAACCCGGGCAGCAGCAGCCACUUCGAUACCAGCUGCGGCAAGACGGCAUCCUUGUUGUCGCACUUGCAAAAGAGGCGGGAGGAGAUCAGGACCAAAGGGGCCCGCAACGCGACUUUUGGGGCGCUGACACGCACGUGCAGCGUGACGGAGGGGAAGCACGCCAAGCUGAGCUGCUACGUGACGGGCGAGCCCAAGCCCGAGAUUGUGUGGAAGAAGGACAACGAGGUCAUUUUGGAAGGGCGGCGGCACGUCAUCUACGAGGACGAUCAGGAGAACUUUGUGCUGAAGAUCCUCUUCUGCAAGCAGGUAGACAACGGGCUGUACACCUGCACGGCUUCCAACCUGGCAGGCCAGACGUACAGCUCCGUGCUCGUCACCGUCAAAGAACCCUCAAUACCCUUCAAGGAAAAACUGCAGGAUCUUGAAGUGAGGGAGAAGGAAUCUGCCACCUUCCAAUGCGAAGUGCCUGUUCCAAGUACAGAGACAGCUUGGUUCAAGGAGGAAACCAAACUCCGGCAGAGCAAGAAAUACAACAUCGAAGAAGAGGGCACGUAUCGCCGGCUCACUGUCCAGAACGUCACCACAGACGAUGAUGCUGUCUAUAUCUGUGAGAUGAAAGAAGGGAGCAGGACCAUCGCAGAGUUGUCUGUCCAAGGGAACAUCAUUAAAAAACUUCCACGAAAGACUGCAGUCUUCAUAAAUGAUACAGCCAUAUUCUGUGUGGAGCUGGACAAUGAAUGCCAGAACAUCCGAUGGCUGAAAAAUAAAGAAGAAGUGAAGCCCAGUGAUCGAAUCUCCAUCACGUGCUCCGGCAAGCAACAUACCAUGAUCAUCCGAGAGUGUAAGAUGGAAGAUGCUGGUGAGAUUGUCUUCCUGGCUGAUGAAAGCAGGACUUCUACCCAGUUCACUGUGACCACUCCCAAAAAACCUCCCACCCAACCCCCAGUUGACCCUCUGGUGAAAAAUAAAACAGAAACCUCAGUGACGCUAGCAUGGUCCCCUCCAAAGAUGGACCGCCCCAUUCCAAUUGAUGGCUACGUUGUGGAACGCAAGAAACUAACUGGCUUUACCUGGGUGAGGUGCCAUGAGUCCCACGUCCCUGUCCCAGAGUUCACAGUGAGCAACCUGUCGGAAGAGGCCGACUAUCAGUUCAGAGUUUCUGCAGUCAACGCCUAUGGACAGAGCCCCUACCUGGAGUUCCCGGGGAGCAUGCACCUUGAACCGGUCCUGGCUGUGAAAACCCCCCUGACAACCGUUGAAGCUGUACCUGGAGGGGAUGCCCUGUUUACUCUUGACCUUACGACGACAUGUUCCGGCACUUGGUACCUUAAUGGUAAAGUCUUACAGGAAAGUGAGACCUACAUCAUUAAGAGAACCCAAACUACUCACACCCUGAUCAUAAAGAACGUCACCAAGAACGAUGAUGGAGCAGAAGUGAAAUUUGUUGCCAAUAAUGUUGACACCAGCACCAAGAUGAGAGUGAAAGGUGCUGCAGUGAGAUUUACCAACAAGAGCAGAGAUAUAGAAAAAGUCUCUGCUCGGCUGCGGGAGGAAGCCAAACUUCAGGCUGAGCUUUCGGACACAGAGGCUACUGUGAAGUGGAUGAAGGAUGGGAAAGAGCUCAAGUCCAAUGAAAAAUAUGAACUUCAAACUGUGGGGAAGAGGCACAUCCUGAAAAUUCACAACACUGCAGCAGAGGAUGCUGGAGUUUAUGAGUGCAUCUGUGAAGGGGAUAAAAUGCUCUAUCAGCUUUCAGUGAAAGCAUUUGCAAACUUCAUAAACAAAGAGAAAAGUGGAGGAGUUAUCAGGGCCAUUGCUGGAAAACAGGCUGAAUUUGUUUCUGAGACCUCGGAGGCCAACAUCAUGGUUAAGUGGUACAAAGAUGGCAAAGAAAUCACAGCCAGCAAGAAAUUUACCAUAGAAGAUAAAGGAAAACUGCAUAAGCUUGUGGCUUCAGCUGUGACAAAAGAAGAUGAAGGAACAUACACAUGCAAAAUUGGAGAUGACACUCUUAUAUUUGAUUUAAAAGUCUCAGAUGAAGCUGUUACUUUUGUCAACAAGCCCAAAACAACUCCAGAAAUUUCAGUCAGUCCUUCUGAAAACCUUGAGCUGGUGUGUGAGGUGUCAGCUGCGAGCGGAGCCGUGGUAUGGAAGAAGGAUCAAACUGAGGUGAAGCAAGACCAGAGGACAACAGUCAUCUCCCAGGGGACACACCGCAAGCUCAUCAUCAAGAAGGUGACACAGCAAGACCAAGGGAGCUAUACCUGUGAAACUAAAGACGACAGAACAACAUUCCAAGUCAAAGUCAGAGAGAGAGAAGACGUGUUUACAAACAAGGACAAAGUACAAAAGGAGGUGAAGGCUAUACUGACACAAAACGCCACGCUGAGCUGCGAGGUGGCCCAGGAGAAGACCGACGUGAAAUGGUACAAGGAGGGGAAACUGAUCACCUCGAGCAAGAAGUUCAAGGUGGAGUCGGAGGGCAAAUCGCGUCGUCUGGUGGUGGGUCAGGUGGAGAAGAAAGAUGCUGGGGAGUACACCUGUGAGGCUGCUGGCCAGAAACUGACCUUCAAGAUUGUCGUCACAGAGGAAGAAGAUGCAUUUGUCAACAAAGAGAAGGUGCAGAAAGAGGUGAAAGCUGCAGUAACACAAAACGCCACGCUGAGCUGCGAGGUGGCCCAGGAGAAGACCGACGUGAAAUGGUACAAGGAGGGGAAACUGAUCACCUCGAGCAAGAAGUUCAAGGUGGAGUCGGAGGGCAAAUCGCGUCGUCUGGUGGUGGGUCAGGUGGAGAAGAAAGAUGCUGGGGAGUACACCUGCGAGGCUGCUGGCCAGAAACUGACCUUCAAGAUCGAUGUCACAGAUGAUGUAUUUGAACACAAAGACAAGGUACAAAAGGAGGUGAAGGCAGUGCUGAAGGAGAACGCCACGCUGAGCUGCGAGGUGGCCCAGGAGAAGACCGACGUGAAAUGGUACAAGGAGGGGAAACUGAUCACCUCGAGCAAGAAGUUCAAGGUGGAGUCGGAGGGCAAAUCGCGUCGUCUGGUGGUGGGUCAGGUGGAGAAGAAAGAUGCUGGGGAGUACACCUGCGAGGCUGCUGGCCAGAAACUGACCUUCAAGAUUGAUGUCACAGAGCCAGAAGUUGUGUUUACAAACAAAGACAAGGUACAAAAGGAGGUGAAGGCUAUACUGACACAAAACGCCACACUGAGCUGCGAGGUGGCCCAGGAGAAGACCGAUGUGAAAUGGUACAAGGAGGGGAAACUGAUCACCUCGAGCAAGAAGUUCAAGGUGGAGUCGGAGGGCAAAUCGCGUCGUCUGGUGGUGGGUCAGGUGGAGAAGAAAGAUGCUGGGGAGUACACCUGCGAGGCUGCUGGCCAGAAACUGACCUUCAAGAUCGAUGUCACAGAGCCAAAACCUGCAUUUAUAAACCAGGAAAAGGUCCAGAAGGAGGUGAAUGCUGUCCUGACAGAAAGUGCCACCCUCAGCUGUGAGGUAGCAGAGGAUACAACUGAAGUGAAAUGGUAUAAGGAUGGAAGACUGCUUAUUUCCUCUAGAAAAUUCAAAAUAGAAACUGCGGGCAAAACCCGGCGCCUGGUUAUAGAGCAGCUGGAGAAGAAAGAUGCUGGAGAAUAUAUCUGUGAGGCUGCAGGCCAGAAGCUGACUUUCAAGUUGGAACCAACUGAACCAGAGGCUAAAUUUGAAAAGAAAGUUGUCCAGAAAGAGCCUCUCAUUGUUCAAGAACAUGAAAGCUUCACACUGACUACUUCAGUAACACCUGAAACUGCUGUAGUAAAGUGGUUCAAGGAUGGAACAGAAAUCAAGGCGAGCAAGAAAUACGAGAUCAAGAGUGAGGAGGCAUCCAGGACGCUGACAGUGAACCUGGCUGAGAGCACAGACACUGCUGUGUACACGUGCCAGACAAAGAACGACAAGCAGGAAUUCAAAGUACAGGUGAAAGAAAUCCCAGUGAAGUUUGCCAAAAAACUUGAAGCUGUUAAUGCCGAGAUUGGAGGCAGCGUCUCUUUGACCUGUGAUGUGAGCCACGCCAAAGGGAAGGUGGUGUGGCGCAGGAAUGGCGUUGAGAUCAAGCCCAGCAGACGUUUCCAGAUUCAUGAGGAGGGCAUCAAACGAACCCUGACAAUAACAGGGAUCCGGGCUGAGGAUGAGGGAGAGUACUCCUGCGAGUCCAGAGAUGACAAGAGCAGCAUUACCAUCACCCCCAAAGCUCCCAGAGUGGUGAAAUUCAUUACGACUCUCAACAGCGUGGUCUCUGAGGAAGGAAAAGAGGCUGUGUUCAAGUGCACCGUCUCUCCCAGUGAUGCCGUGGUCACUUGGCUCAGGAAUGGUGUCAAGAUUGAAGCCAGCAAGAAGUACGUGAUCUCGCAGAAGGACACCAACCACAGCCUCACCAUCACUGAUCUGACCCUGGAAGAUGCAGCUGAAAUCUCCGCCAAUGCUGAGGGUGUCAAAAGCACAGCCAACCUCAGAGUCCGAGAGGCCUCAAUCUCAUUCAAGAAGAAACUGGAGCCCAGAACAGUUGAAGAGAAGGACACAGUGACCUUGGAGGUAGAGCUGACCAAGCCUGCAGAGGUGAAGUGGAUGAGGAACAGCAUCAUAUUGAAGCCCAGUGAAAAAAUAGAGCUCAAAGCUGAGGGAACAAAGCAUACCUUGGUGGUUAAAGACAUCACCUUUGCAGACAGGGGCUUCUACUGCUGUGAGAGUCCUGAUGACAAGACCCAAGCCAAGAUCAAUGUGGAAAUGAGGCAGAUCAAGCUGGUGAAAGGUCUUCAGCCUCUCCAAGUCUCCGAGAAAGGGACCGUCACCUUCGAGGUGGAGGUAUCGCAUGAGGACGUGGAAGGGAUCUGGCAGAAGGAUGGCGUUCGGCUGAAGCCUUCACCGAAUGUCAGUAUUGGUGUCCUGGGGAAGAAACAUUCGCUGACUCUCUCUUCGGUGACUCUUGAAGAUGCAGGACUCAUCUCCUUCAAAGCAGAUGGCAUUCAUUCAUCAGGGAGGCUCACUGUGACAGAACUGCCUGUGAAAAUCAGCAAACCUUUGGUAGACAUCAGUGUAACUCAGAAGGACAAGGUCGCAUUCGAGUGUGAGCUGUCCAGGCCCAACGUGGAUGUUAAGUGGUUCAAGGAUGGGAAGGAGCUCCAGCAAAGUAAAAAAGUGGGGAUUAUUUCCCAGGGAAAUAAGAGAAGCCUCAUUAUUCACAAGUGUGAAUAUGAAGACCAGGGAACCUAUACAUGUGAAGCAGCUGAAGACAAGACAUCAGCUACCCUAAAGGUUCAUGCCCGAGAUAUCAAGAUUGUUAAACCACUGGAAGAUGUGGAAGUGAAUGAAUAUGAGAGUGCAUCUUUCGUCUGUGAGAUUUCACACGAUGAGGUCCAAACCCAAUGGUACAAAAAUGACAACAAGAUGAAGGCUGCCGACAAUAUUAGAAUGCGUCAAGACGGAAGGACCUAUUCACUGACUUACAUGUGCGUCCAAGUCGAAGACGCAGCAGAGAUCAAAUUUGUUGCAGAAAAAGCAGAAUCUUGUGCCCAGCUUACUGUAAAAGAGCUGCCUGUAAAAAUUGUGAAACCUUUACGAGAUAAGAUUGCUCUUGAAAAACAUCGGGGUUUCCUGGAGUGCCAGGUGUCUCGUGCCAAUGCCAAAGUGAGGUGGUACAAAAAGGACGUUGAAAUUCACCCCAGUGACAAAUACGAAAUUGUGAGCGAUGGUGUCUAUCGGAAACUCAUCAUCAAUGAUGCAGAUUAUGAAGAUGAAGACACGUACACUUGUGACGCCUUUGAUGACAAAAGCAGUGCUAAUUUCUUUGUUGAAGAGCAAUCCAUUAGUAUUGUAAAGGAGUUGUGUGAUGAGGAUGUGACUGAGCCUGAAGAAGCCAAGUUUGAAUGCGAGAUAUCCAUUCCAUCCGUGAAACCCCCCAAAUGGUCUCUACGUGGAGAAGUCUUACAGGCUGGCAGAAACAUUAUAAUGCAGCAAGAAGACACCAUCCACAGGCUGAUAAUACUGAAAACCAGUGCUGAUAUGACAGGCACCGUUCAGUUCUCCAUUGGCAAAUCAAAAUCCACAGCAAACUUGCUUGUCAGAGAUUACCACAUACAGAUCACCAGGAAGAUGGAGGACAAGACAGCUCUGGAGCGCCAUUCAGUCAUCCUGUCCUGCGACUUCAGGCCUUCUCCAAAGGUUGUGAAGUGGUUCAAGGACCACACACCCAUUGAGCCCUCCGAGAAGUACAAAAUCAAGCGGGAGCAGCAUUCGGCAGAGCUGAAGAUAUUGAAGGUGAAGCCCGAAGACGCUGGUGUGUACAAGUGCAGGGCUGGAAACGCGGAGACCGAAGCCACGUUGACCGUUGAAGCCCGCAACGUAGAAGUACUCAAACACCUGCAGGACGUGGAAAUUGAAGAAGAGAGUUCCGCCGUCUUCUCCUGCGAGCUGUCUCAUGACGACGAGGAUGUGGAAUGGUUCCUCAACGGCACCCUCCUUUACACCAACAAUUUCAAUGACAUCAGGAACGUUGGCAAUUGCUACACGCUGACGAUGAAGCACGUCAAGCCUGAGGACGCUGGCACAGUGACCAUGAAGUCAGACAAGGUGUCAGAGAGCGUGCGUCUGAAGGUGAUAGAGAAGCCUGCUGUCUUCAUGAAGUCCUUGGAUGAUGUUUUUGGUGAGGAGCGAGGCAUGAUUAAACUGGAAUGCGAAGUCUCCAAAGAGAAGGUCAAACCUGUUUGGAAAAAGGAUGGUGUGAAACUCACUUCUAGUAACAAGUAUGAGCAGAUACAGUCUGGGAAGACCCUGUGCCUCCUUAUCCAUGACCUUGAAAAGACAGAUGCAGGUUUAUACACCUGUGAUAUUGGCACUGACGUUGCCAAGUCAAAGGUCAGCGUUCAGGAACUGAACAUUGGCAUCACCAAACGGCUGAAGAACACUGAAAUCCAGGAGGGAGAAGAUUGCACUUUUGAGUGUAUUUUGUCCCAUGAAAGCAUUGAUGACUUCAACUGGACGCUGAAUGGGAGCAAAGUGAAAAGUGGUGGGCGAUUUAAAGCCUCUAACACGGGUCGGAAAUAUACGCUCAAUAUCAAAAGUGUGAUUCCUGAUGAUUCUGGAGAAGUCGUUUUCACUGCCCGUGGUCUAAUCUCCAAGGCUUCUCUAGUUGUAAAAGAAAAACCUACUGAGAUUACAAAACAGCUGGAGGAUAAAACAUCCACAGCGGGGCAGGACAUCAGCGUGAGCUGCGAAUUGUCGAAACCUGAUGUGAGCAUCAGGUGGUACAAGGAUGGCAAAGCAAUCCGAAAAAGCCAGAAAUAUGACUUGCACCAAGAGGGAACACAGGCCAUUCUGAUCAUCCAUGACUCCACAGUCAAGGACAGUGGGGAGUACACCUGUGAGACAGAGGUCUCUAAAACAAAAGCCAGGAUCACGGUGCAAGAAAAACCCAAUUAUUUUGUCAAGGAACUUUCAGAUCUGAAAGCUGAUGAAAGUGGAACUGCAGUUUUUAUGUGCCAGAGUGAGAAAGCUGCAUCCUCUGUAGUCUGGAGGAAAGGCAUAGCUGAACUCAGGACCAGCAGGAAAUACGAGAUCACACAGAAAGGACAAAUCCUCCAGCUGACCAUAAAGAACUUGGAGAAAAAUGACAGUGAUACUUACACCUGCGACAUUGGUGAUGCCCAGUCCAGAGCCAAGCUAGUCGUGCAAGGCCAGAAAGUGCUAAUAACAGAAGACCUGGAAGAUGUCACUGUGUUAGAGGGAGAAUCUGCCGUGUUUAAAUGCAGAAUCUCUCCUGUAGACUAUAGCAAAGUGCAGUGGUUUUUGGAUAAAACCCCACUCCAUACCAAUGAACUUAAUGAGAUCGAGUCUCAGCCUGGUGGAUAUCACCUGCUAAUGCUGAAAAAACUCUCACUGAAGGACUCGGGGGUCAUUACAUUUGAAGCUGGUGAUAAGAAAACAUCUGCCAGUUUGGUUGUUAAAGAGAAGCCCUGCAUCUUCACAAAGGAGCUCCUUGAUACUGAAGUCACUGAGGGAGAGGAUGUGAUCCUUCACUGUGAAACCUCCAAAUCAGACAGCCCUGUAAAGUGGUGCAAAGAUGGGAAGAGCCUUAGGAAUUCUUCCAAGUAUAACAUCAGCCGGUUGGGAUUUGAAGCCAAGCUUGUCAUUCACAGGGCAGAAGAAAGAGACAGUGGCAGAUAUGAGUGUGAGGCUGGAGCAGCUAAAAGUAGUGCGGUUAUUACUGUCAAGGAAUUACCAGUUCUUUUCAAGCAAGAGCUCCAAAAUGAAGAAGCUAAAGAAGGAAAACAAAUCAAGCUGACCUGUGAGCUCAGCAAACCUGAUACACCAGUGAAAUGGAUGAAAGGAGACACUGUUCUCUAUGCCAGCGAGAAGUAUGAAUUUAAGCAGCAUGGUACUGUGGCAGAGCUCAUUAUUCGAGAUGUCAAAUCGAUAGACUCUGGGGACUAUACCUGCAGCACUGGGGAACAGAAGACCACUGCUCGGGUGAAAGUAAAUGCUGUCCCUGUCCUUUUUAAACAAGCCCUGGAGAACACAGAAAUGGAAGAGGGGAAAUCUGUCUCCUUGCGCUGCGAACUCACAAAAGCUGAUGCCACCGUGGUGUGGAAGAAGGGAGAAGCCACGCUCCAGGCAAGUGCCAAAUACGAAAUGAAGCAGAAGGGGACAGUGGCGGAGCUGGUGAUUCAUCAUGCAGAGCCAGAAGAUGCGGGAAGAUACACCUGUGACACUGGAGACCAGCAGAGCACAGCCCACGUCAAAAUCCAUGCCGCCUCUGCGCUCAUCCAAGAGCUGAAGAGCGUGGAAGCUGUGGAAGGUGGGACUGCCACCCUGCGAUGCCAGCUGAGCAGAGAGGUCCCCGUGGAGUGGAGGAAGGGGCACGCUCUUCUCCGGCCGAGUAACAAGUACAGGAUGAGGCAGGAGGGAACAUUGGCUGAGCUGCUGAUCCAUGAUCUGGACCCAAGGGAUGCUGGAGACUAUACAUGUGUAGUGGGGAACGAAAAAACCACAGCAGCCUUAUCAGUGAAUGCCUUGCCUAUCCUCUUCCAAGAAGAAAUGUCAAAAAAGGAAGCUACAGAGGGGGAGGCAGUCACUUUGCACUGUAAACUGAGCAAAUCGGCCCCGGUCGAAUGGAGAAAGGGGAGUAAGGUCCUCAAGCCAAGUGAAAAGUACAAAAUAGAGCAGGAAGGUCCCUUUGCAGAGCUGAUGAUCCGGGAUUUGGAAUUGGCAGACGCUGGUGAUUACAGCUGUGUGUGUGGAGAUCAAGAGACUACGGCUGCUUUGACAGUAAAUGUCCUGCCUGCUCUUUUCACCAAAGAACUGACAGAUGAAGAAGCCACAGAAGGUAAAAGUGUGUCUCUGCGCUGUGAGCUGAACAAGGCUGCUGCUAACGUGGAGUGGAAGAAGGGAUUCAAGACGCUCAAAUCAAGCGACAAAUACAAAAUGAAACGCAAAGGCGUCGUUGCUGAGCUUAUAAUCCAAAAUCUAGACGUGACGGAUGCUGGGAAUUAUUCCUGUGUGUGUGGAGACCAGCAGACUAUGGCAGUUUUAACAGUACAUGCUUUGCCUGCAUUUUUCAAAGAAGGAUUGAAGAACAGAGAAGCCACGGAUGGUGCAACAGCCACUCUGCACUGCGAGCUGAGCAAGGUCGGUGUCCCAGUAGAGUGGAAAAAAGGGGACAAGACACUCAAACCAAGUGAUAAGUAUAGGAUGAGACAAGAAGACACCGCUGCAGAGCUGUUGAUCCGAGAUCUGGUGGUAGAAGAUACAGGAGAAUAUACCUGUGUGUGUGGAGAUCAGAAGACCUCGGCUGUCUUGACAGUCCAUGCUUUGCCUGCACUGUUCAAAAAAGACCUUGUCAAUAUGGAAGCCACAGAAAACGGGACGGCUGUUCUGCAGUGUGAGCUAACUAAACCCACUCCGGUGGAGUGGAGGAAAGGGCAAAAGGUGCUCAAGCCUAGCGAGAAGUACAAAAUGAGACUGAAGGAUACCAUUGCUGAGCUGACCAUCCAUAGCCUGGAGGAACGAGAUGCGGGAGAUUACACAUGCGUGUGCGGAGACAAGAUGACUACUGCAUCCCUGACAGUGCAUGCCCUUCCUCCGCAUUUUAAAAAAGAGUUGAAGAACGUGGAAGCCACAGAAAAUGGCAUGGCCACUUUUUGCUGUGAACUGAACAAGCCGGCAGCUGCUGUGGAAUGGAGGAAAGGAGACAGGGCCCUCGAGACAAAUGACAAGUUCACCAUGAGAUGUGAGGGCACAACUGCUGAGCUGGUGAUCCGUGAUUUAGAUCUGACAGAUGCUGGAGAUUACACAUGCUGUUAUGAAGAUCAGAAAACUACCGCUGCGCUAAAAGUGAACGCCUUGCCUGCACACUUCAAGAAAGAGAUGAAGAAUGAAGAAGCCACUGAAGGUGGAACAGCCACGCUACAAUGUGAGCUAUCUAGGGCUGCCUCUGUGGAGUGGAAAAAGAAACACAAAGUGCUCAAAUUGAGUGAAAAAUAUACUAUAAGACAGGAAGGUACUACAGCGCAACUGCUGAUCCAUGCUUUAGAAGUCAAGGAUGCUGGGGAGUAUACCUGUGUGUGUGGAGACGAGAAGACUACUGCAGCACUGACAGUGCAUGCCCUUCCUGCUCUCUUCAAAGAAGAGUUAAGAAAUGAGGAAGCCACAGAGGGUGAAGUGGUGACUCUGCGCUGUGAGCUGACCAAGACCGCUUCAGUGGAGUGGAAAAAGGGACACACAGUACUCAAACCUAGCGAGAAAUACAAAAUGAGGCAGAAGGAUGUCACUGCAGAACUGGUGAUCCAUAAUCUAAAUGAGAACGAUGCUGGUGAUUAUACCUGUGUGUGCGGGGAUAAGCAGUCCACAGCUUCCUUAGCAGUACAUGCGCUGCCUGCACGCAUCAAGGAAAGCCUGAAAGACGAGGAGGUAACAGAAGGUCAAGCAGCCACUCUGCGCUGUGAGCUGAGCAAGGUUGCUCAAGUAGAGUGGAGAAAGGGAAGCCGUUUGGUCAAAGCCAGCGACAAAUACAAAAUGAGACAGGAGGGCACGGUCAUGAAGCUGCUGAUCCAUGACGUAGAAUUGAAAGAUGCUGGAGAGUACACUUGUGUGUGUGGAGAACAGGAGACGACAGCUGCCUUGAUAGUGCAUGCCUUGCCUGCACUUUUCAAAGAAGAACUGAAGGACCUGCAAGCCACGGAAAGCCAAACAGCCACUCUGCGCUGUGAGCUGACCAAGGCUGCAGCUGUGUCAUGGCAGAAAGGAAACAAAAUACUCAGGGCAAGUGAAAAGUACAUCAUGCGGCAGGAUAAUACCCUUGCUGAGCUGGAAAUUUGUGAUCUAGAGCUGAAGGACGCAGGAGAUUACACCUGUGUGUGUGGAGACCAACACACCACGGCUUCUCUGACAGUGAAUGCCCUGCCAGUGGUUUUCAAGGAAGAACUGAAGAAUGAAGAAGUCCUAGAAGGAACAUCAGUCUCUCUGCAUUGUGAAUUAAGCAAAGCAGCUCCAGUACAGUGGAAAAUAGGGUCCAAAGUGCUCAAAGCAAGUGACAAAUAUCAAAUGAGACAGCCUGGCACCACUGCAGAGCUAGUCAUUCGUGACCUAGAAGUAAAGGACGCUGGAGAUUACACCUGUGUGUGUGGUGACCAGAAGACAACAGCAACCUUAACGGUUCAUGCUCUGCCACCACUCUUUAAGGAAGAGCUAAAGAACAAGGAAGCAGAAGAAGGUGGAGAAGUCGCCCUGCGCUGUGAGCUCACCAAGGCUGCUCCGGUGGAGUGGCGGAAGGAUCAGAGGAUUCUCAAAGAGAGUGAGAAAUACAAAAUGAGGCAGGAAGGGACCAAGGCAGAGCUGGUGAUUCAUAAAAUAGCUGAGGAAGAUGCAGGAGACUACACCUGUGUGUGUGGAGAGCACCAGACUACAGCUGUCUUAACAGUACAGGCUGUGCCUCCAUUUUUCCAAGAAGAAAUGACCAGCGAGGAAGCGGUGGAAGGUGGAACGGCCACUUUGCGCUGUGAGCUCAGCAAGGCAUCUGCCCGCGUUCAGUGGAAGAAGGGCCCUCGUGUCCUCACCUCGGACAAGAAGUACAGCACGAGACGGGAAGGCUGCGUUGUGGAGCUGGUAGUUCACGAUUUAGACUUGAAUGAUGCUGGAGAAUAUACCUGUGUGUGUGGAGACAAGACAACCACAGCUGUUUUGACAGUGCAUGCACUGCCUCCGGAAUUCAAAAAAGACCUGAAGGACCUAGAAGCUGUAGAAAGUGGGACAGCUGCUCUGCACUGCGAGCUGACUAAACCUGCUGUGGUGAAGUGGAUGAAAGGGCAGGAGGUCCUCAAAGCAAGCAGCAAAUAUAAAAUGAGUCAAGAUGGUGCUGUUGCAAAGCUGAUUAUCCAUGAGCUGGAUAUGGAGGACACUGGAGAUUACACCUGUGUGUGUGGAGAUCAGCGGACAACUGCCACUUUGACAGUCAACGCCCUACCAGCACUUUUUAAACAAGAACUUCAGAAUACCGAGGCAGAAGAAGGUGGUACAGCAACACUGAGGUGUGAGCUUACCAAACCCAAGGCUCCAGUAGAGUGGAGAAAAGGAGAUAUUACUCUCUACCCUGGUUUGAAAUAUGAGAUGAAGCAGCAGGGCUCCACUGCUGAAUUGGUCAUUUAUGACUUAGAACUGGACGAUUCAGGAAGGUACACCUGUGACUCUGGACAUCAGCAGACAACGGCUGUGGUAACCGUACAUGCACUGCCUGUCACGUUUAAGCAACCCCUACAAAAUAAGGAAUCAGAGGAAGGAGGUACAGCUACAUUCUGCUGUGAGCUGUCGAAACCCAAUGCUGCAGUGGAAUGGAGGAAAGGAGGAGUGGGGCUUCAGCCCAGCCAGAAAUAUGAAAUGCGGCAGAGGGAAUGCCUGGUAGAGCUCUUAAUUCAUAAUCUUAAAUUAGAAGAUACAGGAGAAUACAGCUGUGAUACUGGAGAUCAGGAAACAAAAGCAUCUUUAAAUGUGAAAGCUCUGCCAGUUCUUUUCAAAAAGGAGCUCAAAGACAAGGAGGCAGAAGAAGGAGCUGCGGUGAAAUUCCAGUGUGAGCUGACAAAGGAUAAUGCAACGGUGGAGUGGAGGAAAGGCACCAUGCAGCUCUUCGCAUGCGCCAAAUAUGAAAUUAAACUAAGUGGUCGCACAGCUGAACUUGUGAUUCAUAAUAUAGAACCAGAAGAUGCCUCUGAUUACACGUGCGAUACAGGAGACCAGCAGAGCACAGCAGUCCUCAGAGUGAAUGCCAUCAAACCCCAGCUGAAGCAGCAGCUGAAGAACGAAGAAGUGGAAGUGGGAGGAACGGCCAGGCUGCGCUGUGAGAUUUCCAUUAGCAAAGCAGAAGUGGAGUGGAGGAAAGAUGGAGUCGUCCUUCACUCAAGUUCCAAGUAUGAAAUGUGGCAGGACGGCACGCUCCGCGAGCUGCGUGUUCACCGCCUGGAGCCUAGAGAUGCUGGAGAGUAUUCCUGCAAGGCUGGGGAUGAGACGAGCUCUGCAAAACUGACCGUGAAAGAGCCUGACGUGACCAUCGUGAGUGGCCUAAAGGACAUGGUGGUGUUUGAAGGGGAUGAUGUCACGUUUCGGUGCCAGGUUUCUCAUGAAAAUGCAAGGGACGUUGAAUGGAAGCUACAGGAUGUUGUGCUGCAAAAUAAUGAAAUGAAUGAGAUCUCAGUGGAAAAGGGAAAGAUUCACACACUGACAUUAAGGAAGGUGACUGAGCAGGACAUUGGCACCAUCACUUUCCGAGUGGGGCCUCACACCUCGACGGCAGAGCUCACGGUAAAAGAACCAGCAGCAGCCAUAGUGGAGACGCUGAAGGACGUCACUUUGUAUGAAGGAGAAGACGCGGUGUUUGAAUGCAGGCUGUCCCGAGAAACCACUCAGGAUGCACAGUGGUUCCUGGGGGAUGUUCCCCUGCAAUCCAAUGAAAUGAAUGAGAUCAGAGUCCAAGGGACACGUCACACUUUGAUCCUGAGGAAGGUGACACUAGAAGACUGUGGGCCUAUCAGUUUCAAGGUCGGGCAGCAUACCUCAGCAGCACAGCUAACGGUCCAAGCCAAGAACAGCAUUCUCCAGGGCUUGGAGAACGUGGAAGCCGUGGAAGGAGGGGAAGCCCUGUUUGAAUGCUAUCUUUCCAAACCUGAAUGCUACAACUACAACUGGCUGAUUGACGAUGAGCCUGCCAAAACUACAGAAAACACUGAGAUGGUUUACUUUGAAAAUGGGCGCAGGCACCUUCUGCUGCUGAAGAACCUAACUCCCCAGGACAGCUGCAGGGUGACUUUUACGUGCAGCGAUGCGAUGACCUCAGCCUUCCUGACGGUGAAAGGGUGGCGCCUACAGAUCUUGCAGCCCCUCACAGAUGUUGAAGUCUCUCCAGGAGAGAAAGCUACGUUUAGCUGCGUUCUAAGUGAAGCUGUGCCAAUUAAUGAAGUUGCCUGGUAUAGUAAUGACAUAGAGAUCCAGUCAGAUGAGGACUGGGAAGUACAAGCAGAUGGAAACAAAUACAAACUUAUUCUGAAAAAAGCCCAACCGCAUCAUUCUGGAGAGGUGACCUUUGCUUCCAGGGAAGCAAUUGCAUCAGCCAAGUUAUCUGUGAUAGCCCACCCCGAUCCACCUGAAGAACCAGAAGUUUUAAGUAAGAACAGUCACUCUGUAACUCUGUCUUGGUACAAGCCAUUGAGCGACGGUGGUUGUGACAUCCUAGGCUACAACGUGGAGAGGAAAAUCCCAGGUAUUGGCUGGCAGUCCUGCAGCAAGGCCAUUAUUCAAAACACGGAGUUUGUGGUGGACGAUCUCACGCUGGGUGAACCCUACAGAUUCCGUGUCUCGGCUAUAAACAAAGUUGGGGCGAGUGAGCCGGUGCACUUCCCUCAGACGGUGCGGCUAGAGCCUCCAGUUACAGUCACCCAUCCUUUGGUGGGAGGAUCAGUCUCAGAAGGGGAGGUGGCUCGCUUGGAGUGCCAAUUAUCAAGUGAAACUGAAAAGAGAGUGACAUGGCUCAAAGGAAAAGAACAAAUACAAGCUGGAGGGAGAUAUGAGAUCCUCUCUAAUGGAAAAAAGCAGAUACUCAUUAUCCAUGCAUUUAAACCUGAAGAUCAGGACACAUACACCUGCAUGGUUUCUCCAGAAGUCAAAUCUGUUGCCAGCUUGUGUCUUGAAGUUCCCACAGUGGCAAUGCUAAAAGAGAUUGUCCAGGAAGCAUCCUCUGCAAGCCAACCAGAAGAGCUCGUGGAUGGCCACGUCCAGCCCAGCUUGCCCCCUGAGGCUGCUCAGGAGGGAGAUCUUCACCUCCUUUGGGAAGCCCUGGCCAAGAAACGCCGGAUGAGCCGGGAGCCCACCUUGGAUUCCAUCAGCGAGGUGCCUGAAGAGGAUGAGAAGCUUCAGAAGUUGAGGAAGGAGGAAGCGGAGAUGUCUCACUACUACUCAGAGGAGUACUCCACAUGUGAUGAGCUGGCUAGGACAGGAGAAGCAGAUUUCUCUUUCACAAGCUCAGACGAUGAAUCUAGGGCUGGGACUCCUUCGCUAGUAAACUACCUCAAGAAAGCCGGGAAGGCAAGCGUCAGUGUGACUAGCAAGGUUCAGUCCAUUCCCACAGGCAAAUUAUGGAAACAGUGGGAGAAAUCCAGCGUGGAGACUGUUGUGGCUGCCCCAGCUGCUAAACCAGCUGAACCAGAAGUACCAGAUUUAGAUGAUCCUUCCAUGAACAAGGCCGCUGUGAAGAUACAAGCUGCUUUCAAAGGCUACAAGGUCAGGAAAGAGAUCAAGCAACAAGAGUGCCCAGUGUUUACUGAGACCUUCAAAGAUUUCUCUGGUGAGCCUGGAAGCACUCUCCACCUUGAGUGUGUGGCCCACAGCAAAACUGACAUGAAAGUCCGUUGGCUGAAAGAUGGGGAAGAGCUUUCAGACGGUCGCUACUAUCACAUAGACAAUUACAGUGAUGGGACCUGCUCUUUGAUUAUCACUGGCCUGGAGAGGAAAGAUGCAGGUAAAUACACCUGUGAGGCAUCCAAUAAAUUUGGCAAGGUUUCACACAGUGCUAAGGUGGUUAUUGGCAGCACUGACAGUGAGACAGAGAGCUCGUCCGGCAGCGAGCUGGAUGAUGCUUUCCGUAAAGCAGGAAGGAGACUUCACAGACUCUUCAAGGCCAAGAUCUCAACAGAGAUAUCUGAUGUGGAGGAAGAGCUUUUUGUCAGUGCAGAUGAAGGGGACAUAGAGGUGGUUGACCAUCAGACAUAUCGUGAGGAUGACCAGUACAUCUACAUCAAGUUUGAAAUCUUGUCCGAGGCAAAAACUGCUGCCACUCGAUUCAGAGAGAUGUUUGGUGCUCUGGGAAUUCCCGUGGAGAUUGACAUUUUGGAACAAGGCCCUAAAAAAAUUGAAUUGCGUAUUGGGAAAGCAACACCACCCACCCAUGGGAAGUUUGCACCACCAGUAGUGAGACCUCCACCACCUUUGCUGACUACUGAUACAGCUCCCAUGUUCAUGACUGAGCUCCAAAACCAAGAGGUACAAGAUGGCUAUCCAGUCAGCUUUGACUGCAUUGUCGUUGGCAAACCACUCCCCACGGUUCGCUGGUUCAAGGAUGGAAAAGCUAUUGAAGAAAACGAUCAUUACAUGAUCAAUGAGGACCAGGAAGGGUGCCAUCAGCUGAUCAUCACAGCUGUGGUCCCCACUGACAUGGGCGUUUACCGUUGCCUUGCUGAAAACAACAUGGGAGUUGCUUCAACCAAGGCUGAGCUUCGAGUGGAUUUGACCAGCACUGACUAUGAGACAGCAGCAGAUGCAACAGAGACGUCUUCUUACUACAGUGCCAAAGAAUAUAUUUCAAGCCGAGAACAGGAGGAAUCUACCACUGAGGAGGAGCAAUUGCCCCAGAUCUUCGAUGAGCUUCAUGAUAUUCAUGUGGCACCUGGAGCAUCACUGGCUAAAUUUCACCUGAAAGUGAAAGGGUACCCGCAGCCUCGCCUCUAUUGGUUCAAAAACGGACAGCCAUUAAAAGCCUCGGAUCGUAUCCUCAAGACUGAUAAACAGGAAUUCCACUCACUGGAAAUUCGGGAUGUCACUAAGGCAGAUGCUGGCCAGUACUCAAUAUUUGUCAUCAAUUCUGCUGGUUCUGCAUUUUCGUCAGCCAGGCUGCUAGUCAAAGAUCCUGAUGAGAAAGAAGAGCCAUCAGAAACAGAUUCCUUUGAGCAGCUGAUACCACCAAGAUUCCUAGAAAGAUUUACUAAUAAAAAGGUGAAAAAAGGUGCAAGCAUCACAUUAUCUGUAAAAGUUGAAGGACAUCCACCCCCAACUAUCACUUGGCUGAAAGAAGAGUCUCAGGAAGAUAUCCUGUGGAUCAAACCAGACACUCCUGGAUAUAAACUUGCCAGUUCAAAUAUGCAUCACAGUCUAAUCCUGUUGGAUGUUAAAAAGAAGUACAGUGGAACUUACACGUGCAUUGCUACCAACAAGGCUGGCCAGUCCAUCUGCACCGCCACCCUGGAAGUUGCAGAUGUGAAAGAGGCUGAAGUUCUGACCCAGGAGCGUGUGAUGGUGUCAGAAGCCAUCAUGACCACACUGGGAGCUAUUCAUCCCUCUGAAACAGGAGAAGGAGAUCUUGAAACUGGUAGAGAAGGUGUACCCAAAAGCCCUAUUUCAUUAGCUGAUGUUGGCUCAGAAGAGUUUUUCCAGAAACUCACCUCGCAUAUCUCAGAAAUGGUAUCUGCAAAAAUAAGUCAGGCUACACUUCGAGUGCCAGGUGCAGAAAGUGAUGAUGAAUCAAAAACUCCCUCUGCAUCUCCUCGCCAUGGACGAUCCAGACCUUCAUCCAUUGCUCAGGAGUCCUCCUCUGAAUCUGAAGAUGGGGAUUCCAGAGGAGAGAUCUUUGACGUCUACAUGGUCACAGCUGACUACGUGCCUGCUGCUCCUGACAGGGAGACCAUCACCUUGAAGGAAGGCCAAUAUGUGGAAGUCCUUGAUUCAGCUCAUCCUCUGAAGUGGCUGGUCAGGACUAAACCCACAAAAUCUAGCCCCUCUCGACAGGGUUGGGUGUCUCCAGCUUAUCUGGACAAAAAAUUAAAGUUGUCACCAGAGUGGGGAACAACAGAAGCUCCUGAGUUCCCUGGAGAGUUUGUUUCUGAAGAUGAAUAUAAAAGGAAGCUAAGCGUUCUUAUUCAAGAGCUGUUGAUCUCAGAAGAGGAUUACAUUCAAGAUCUACAGUUCCUCCAGACUCAUCAUCUUAAGUUCACCGAGACCUGUCCCAAUGUCCCGGGAGCUGUCGCCAGUCAGAAAUCCACCAUCUUCAGAAAUAUUGAUGACAUUGCUCGUUUUCAUUCCAGUGUCUUCCUCCAAGGCUUGCAGAAAUGUGACACUGAUGAUGAUGUGGCCAUGUGCUUUAUCAAGCACGAAGCAGAGUUUAAUAAGUACAUCCAGUACCUCGUGGGGAGGGUACAGGCUGAGUCGAUUGUUGUCAGCAAAGCCGUCCAGGAUUUCUACAAGAGAUACACAGAUGAAAUUUUAACUAAUGAAGAUCCUUCACAGCCACUUAUCCCACCACUGCAGCACUACCUGGAAAAACCCAUAAACAGGAUCCAGCAGUAUCAGACUAUAAUCAAGGAAUUAAUCCGAAACAAAGCAAGAAAUAGCCAAAACUGCACUUUGCUGGAGCAGGCUUAUGCCGUUGUGUCUGCACUCACCCGAAGAGCAGAAAACAACCUCCACGUCUCACUCAUUGAGAAUUAUCCAGGGACCUUGGAAAGCCUUGGUGAACCCAUCCGACAGGGCCACUUCAUUGUGUGGGAAGGAGCUCCAGGAGCUAGAGUGGCAUGGAAAGGACACAAAAGACAUGUCUUUCUCUUCAAAAAUUAUAUUGUGAUCUGCAAACCGAAGCGAGACACAAAGACAGACACCUACAGUUACAUCUUUAAGAACAUCAUGAAGCUGAACAACAUAGACGUGAACGACCUUGUGGAAGGGGAUGACCGGGCGUUUGAGAUCUGGCACGAACGGGAGGACUUGGUCCGCAAGUACCUCCUUCAGGCACGUACAGUAAAUAUCAAGAACUCCUGGGUGAAGGAGAUCUGUGGCAUACAGCAGCGGAUCAGCGAGCCCGUCUGGAUACCUCCAGACUUUGAGGAAGAACUGGCAGAGUGUACAGCUGAGCUGGGAGAGACAGUCAAGCUGGCUUGCAAAGUCACAGGAGCUCCCAAGCCAUCUGUCAGCUGGUACAAAGAUGGAAAGCCUGUGGAGGUGGAUCCCCAUCACAUUAUAAUAGAAGAUCCCGAUGGUUCUUGCACAUUGAUCUUGGACAACCUAACGGGUGUUGACUCAGGACAGUACAUGUGCUUUGCUUCCAGUCCUGCUGGAAACGCCAGUACCUUAGGAAAGAUCCUUGUUCAAGUGCCACCACGGUUUGUGAACAAGGUUAGAAAUGCUUAUUUUGUCGAGGGUGAAGAUGCUCAGUUUACCUGUACUAUUGAAGGAGCACCUAGGCCUCAAAUCAGAUGGUACAAAGAUGGUGUACUGUUGAAGAACACAAGUAAAUACCAGACUUUCAGUGAACCACGGAGUGGCAUAAUAGUCCUGGUGGUGAAGAACCCUUCCAAUGAAGAUAUGGGACACUAUGAAUGUGAGCUGGUGAACAGAUUAGGGUCUGCAAAAAGUGGAGCAGAACUUUACCAUCACAGUGCUGCAGCCCUGACCCAGGAGAGGAGAGGAGACCAAGCCAUUACCAUAGAAGGUCAUUCGCCUUCCCGCUCCCCGAGAGCGGAGCCAACUCCAGAGCCAGUUUAUGUUUCAAAGAUCAGGCAGCCUGUCCACAGACAUGAGCAGGAGACAACAUCGAAGUCUGCUGUUCCCAUGCUUUUUGUCACAGAACCAGAGGACAGGCAAGGAGCAGCAGCUAGAGAUGUCAUCACAGAGACCAAGGGGGAAGAGAAAAAGCCCAAGUGGGUUGAAGUGGAAGAAAUAAUUGAAUUCAAGGUGAAAAAAUCACCAAAACCUGCAAGGAAAAGAGGUUCUUCCCCAGCAAAACAAGGAAAAGAUGACUCAGGGGUGUUAACGUUCACUUUUCCCAGCUCAAGGCCUAGGCGUUCCCCAGAAGAUGAUCCGAACACAAACAACUCCAACAAUAAAUUGGUGGAACAGUCAAAAUCUUUGCCUAAUGACAGUCUCUCUGAAGCCGAUAUCCAGCCCCUCGUGUAUGCAACCGAGGAAGAAGGACCUCAAGUCAGCAGCGAGGACAGAAGCUCCCCGUGUGAGUCCGACCAGCUAGGAAAUAGUUCCUUUAUGGAUUAUGGAACCGAAGGAAAGAGCUUCCCCCAGGAAACAAGUGCUCGCUAUGGGUCGGACGUUGCUUCCCCGCUGCUUGCCUGUGGGGGUGAGCCUCUGGUCUUCAGUUUUGAGACGGCUGCUGCAGACCAGCAGGAACUUCUGUUCUCACCAGCGAGUCCAGAGGUUAAGGAAGAGGUAGAUGAAUUAGACAUAUCUUGGCCUAUUGAAGAGGGGGUACCCGAAGUAAUGCAAGAUGUCCUUCCAGAAGAGGAUAAUGUCAUUAUAGUUGAUGAACCAGAGGAACUACAGACAGACGACAUUAGCACCCGGGACCGCAAAAUCUUAACCCACAAUGGCAAAGUAUUAACUCUGGAGGAUCUUGAAGACUAUGUUCCCAAAGAAGGUGAGACCUAUGGGUGUGACGACCAGAACCGUAGGGCAGAGAAACCCUGCGAGAUCUCUGUGCUCCAGACUGAGAUUAACGAGCCAACGAUUGGGAAGCCAGUGCUGCUGAAUCUGGUGAGACCUGUGGUGUCCAAGCCCAGGCAAAGAUUUUUCAGCCAGUUUGAGGAGCACAUUCCCGGGGGCAUGUUCAUGACAGCAUCUAGAGUAACCGGCGUGCAGUCUGUAGGCCCCUCAAACAUCUCUUUCCACGUGACGCCUGGAGUGCACGCAGCAACAGCAGCAGCUUCUCCCGGUCCCUCCUUCACAGUGAAACCAUCUUUCUGCACCGAAGUCCAGCUCUCAGCAGACAAUGGACAGUCAAGCUUUAAAACUGAAGUUUCCACAAGAACCCUCAGCUAUGGAACUGUUGGAAUGACUUCCCCACAGUCAGAGGUGGAGACUUCUGUCCAGGCCUCGCUUCAGCGUGCCGAUAAGGAGAUCAAGACAGCUCUAAAGAAACUCGUGGACUCGGCAUCACUGCUGGUGACUCUUCCCCCGGGCAUGCGAGAAGAAGUCGGUGGCCUUGGCCUUCCUGGGUCCAUUCCUUCAGACCACUCAGAAACAGCAGCCGGGCCCUCUGUGCUAGUUCAUGAAGCCAGUACCCAAACCCAGACUGCUGGAGGGCAUGACAAAGCACAAAGGCAGGUCCCAGCCGAAGAACCAAGCGUGCCAAAGCCCAGCCCUGGUCCUUCCUCUGAAGAGACAGCUGCUGGAGAUGAGAGCACUCAGGAGCGCACUGUUCCUAUUACCAGAACAUCACCAGCCACAGGGGCAGGAGGCUGGUACAGAAGAGAAGGAGAUGUGGUCUGGGAUGUACACAGUGAAGUUUAUAUUGAGACCACGGAAAGAACUUGUGUGUAUAAGACUGAGGAGAAGACCCCAACAAGUCCUCCCUAUAUGCAAGUGACAAUCGAGGAUGUGCAGGUGAAUUCUGGGGAGCGUGCCAAAUUUCAGGCAGUCAUUGAAGGAACCCCUCAGCCAACCGUUUUGUGGUUUAAGGGCACUUCCUUGCUGACAGACAGCAACAGGCUCCAUCAAGGGAAGGAAGGAACAACAUAUUUCUUAGUCGUUGACAAUGCUGUCUCAGAAGAUGGUGGUGUUUAUACCUGUGUUGCCAAAAAUGCAGGAGGGGAGGUUUUGUGCAAAGCAGAGCUGAUUGUACAUGAAGGUAAUAAAGACCAAGCGGCAAAGAAAGUGGCCACCAGGAGAAAGCUCCAUUCCCUUUAUGAGGUUAAGCAGGAGAUUGGAAGGGGCUGCUUCAGCUUUGUGAAACGAGUUGUACACAAAGGGAACAGAGUGUCUUGUGCUGCCAAAUUCAUACCUCUACGAAGCAAAACGAAGGCUCGAGCGCAUCAAGAGAGGGAUAUUCUUGCCUCUCUAUCCCAUGACAGAAUUACCAGGCUCCUGGAUCAGUUUGAAACACGGAAAACACUGAUUUUGAUUCUGGAGUUAUGCUCCAGCGAAGAGCUCCUUGACCGUUUAUUCAAGAAGAGUGUUGUCACUGAAGCAGAGGUCAAAUUGUAUAUCAAGCAAAUUUUGGAAGGAAUCAAAUAUCUUCAUGAUAACAACAUCCUUCAUUUGGACAUUAAGCCACUGAAUAUCCUCAUGGUUUAUCCUGAAAGGGAAGACCUUAAGCUCUGUGACUUUGGAUUUGCUCAGAAGAUCACGCCCUCUGAGCCUCAGUUCAGCAAAUACGGGUCUCCGGAGUUUGUUGCCCCAGAAAUUGUUUCUCAGUCACCAGUGUCAAAAGGAACUGAUAUCUGGGCUGUUGGAGUCAUCACAUAUUUAAGCCUAACAUGCAAGUCUCCAUUUGCUGGGGAGAACGACAGAGGAACCCUUAUAAAUAUCCAGAAUGGGGAAAUUUCAUGGACCACUCCUGAUUUUGUUCACUUGAGUGAAGAUGCAAAGGACUUUAUGAAAGGGAUUCUACAGCAGGACCCCAAAGCCAGGCCUAGUGCUUCGGACUGUCUUUCCCACCAGUGGUUCAUGCAUAAUCCCCCCCUCGAAGCAGCUCAUUUCAUUAAUACCAAGCAGCUCAAAUUCAUCGUGGCUCGGAGCAAGUGGCAGCGGUCUCUGAUGUGCUAUAAAUCCAUACUGGUAAUGCGAUCUAUCCCAGAAAUCCUAGAAAGGACUCAUGACAACACCUCCCUGGCCAUCUCCCGACAUCUUAUUGACGAAAGCACUUCAUCCAGUACCAGCGGCUCCUCUUCAGACAAUGAGAACUCGCACUUCCCCACGAAGAGGCACUUUGGCUCUACACCCGAACUGCACUUGUCCAUAUUUGAUGCACCAAGCCACCAGGAGCCUCCAAAACAUGCAAGAGAAGAGAAGCAAACCAAAAUCUCUGUCCCUCCAGUAAAACCCAUGAGGAGGAAGUAUGCUUCAAUGAAAGGUGAGGUGGGGGACAAAUCACCUACAGAAAGUAAAGAGCUCAUGGCAAGUAUCUUAAAGGAGAAAGAAGAAGGGCUCCUUCCCAGACUUCAAGAUGAAGGAGCAGAGCAGUCCCAAAGAAGUGGUGCUGCUGAGCCUUCAUCAGUGAGGACUUCCACGGAAAGCACAUCCAAUCUAUGUCAGAAGGAAAAACCAGAUGUAUUUUUAUCUGAUAAGGACAGAAUUGAAAAGGCUGGGGAUGGGACAGAAAAGCCACCUGUCUGUGUCCCUAGACAGAGUGUCAUUAAAAGCACUUUCUACAGCCAAGCAGCUGAGCUACCUGCCAGGGGGCCUUCCUCACCAGGCAGGGAGUUCAGAAGGCACCUGGACAGAGCCAGAAGAACUUUCCGGAAAGCUGGAUAUUCAAAGGUGCCCCUCAGUGGUCUCCGUGAACCCCUCCUAGAGCAGUUUGAACUGGAAGAAGAAGAAGGAAAGUCUGACUAUGGAGAUGAUCACAGGGAAAGUCUGCUUGGUUCCUUGACCAAAUCAGCUUCAUUUGACACUGCAAGGAAACCACCACAUCCUGCCAUCGCUGGUGGGAGCCGAAGCCGUUCCCUGGAUGACUACAGGCUGAGAGCGUCAAGAUCAGUGAGGGAACAGCAUAUUUUGGAAGAAGACUGUGAUAUAUUGUCACAGGAAAGUUGCGCUGAAGGUGGCGACCACUGCGACAUUUCUGCAGGGCCUGGCAAGGGAUGUUUUGUAGACACUGCAAAGCAAGAGGACUUUAGGAGAACCAGCAAGGAUUGCUCAGAAGAGCAGCCCCCUCCUUCCACGCAAUGUGAGGGUAAUGGGUGCCCAGCUGGUUUUGUGCAACAGCUAGAGAGACUUCCAGUGUCGCCUCAUAGGAGCGAGAAUAGGAAACAUUUACUGAAGAAGUCAAAAGCUACUUACAUUGAGGAGGAAGUCAAAGAUUUGGAAGGCAAAAGCCCCAUUCUGACUGCCCAGGGCUCAGAUGUAACUGCAUCAUCAGCUCAAAAACAUGAAAGCAUGGAGGGUAAAUCUUUCCCUGGCAGUGCCUCUGACACUGCUUUUCAGGAGGGAAAACAGUCCAUUUCAACUCUCACAAAGCCAGAGACCACCUCCAAGACGGCCCCUACGAGUAAGGGAGAUGCGUAUCUGCCCCAGGAGUCUGCUCACAGUACCGACGUCCAUCCAGACCUAAAAGGUGGGAGCUUGCUUAUCCAAAGGACAGCCCCAGUUCCACCUUGGAAAGACAAAAGGCAGAAACAUUCGCAUGAGAAGACUUCUGCUCAUAGCGUUGUCAAAUCUGAUCUCACGGAGCAUGAAAGCUCUGCUGUUUUAACAGGCCCACAAACAGAAACAGAUUCCCUUCCAGUAUGUAAAGACAAAAGUCAGGAACUUUCUGGUCAAACUGUUCCAGCAACUACUGCCUUGGUGGGCAUACGGCCAGAUACCCUAACUGCUCUGCACACAGCUGAUGAAGGGGCUCAUCAGAAGAUGAAAACCCAUAAAGAGAUGAAGUCAGCUGUCCUGGAGGAUGAAGGACCAGGUAUUACAGGAAUCACUCCACCAUCAGCCCAUGAUGGUGAAAGCCAAGCGUGCAAGAGGGCUGCUGGUCACGUAGACACAGAAUCAGCCGUCCUGAAGGGAGAGCAUCUCAUUCCAAAAGUCCCACCACCAAAAUCAACGCCGACCUUGGUCUCCGAUGGAGCAGAGAAGGCGGAAAGGGAAUGGCCAGCUCGUAGCAAGGACAGGCUUGCUGUUUUGAGGAAUGAAAGCUCAGCUGUCACAGAGGUUGUUCCCAGUUUGGCCCAUGAGGCUGAAAUCGAGGGCACUGAACCCCAGAAAGUUUCUGAAGGCCGUGGCACGGUGCCUGCUGUUCGGGAGAGCAGACACCGAGCUAGAACUGUGUCCUCCCAAAAUACUGGCCUCCCUUCGGCCUGUGAGAAGGAAAAGCAAGAACGUUCAAAGGCACCGCUUCGCAGUGAGGUCAGAUCUGUUGUGACAGCAAGUGCAAGCCGAGCAGCUGGACAGACUAUGCCUGCUCCCGUCCCCAAGGCUGGACCUCAGGUGUUUGAGCAGCACAGGGUUGUACAUCCCGGUGGCAGAGUUUCUACUGAUCUGAAGAGCGGGCCUCCGGGUGUCUUAACUGCUUCACCACCAGAAGCUGCUCCAGCUUCAGUUUAUGAGCUAGAAUAUGAGGAAUAUCCAAAGGUUUAUGGUGAGGGUAGAAGUGUUGCCUUAGAAAGUGGAAGCUGGGAUGCUGGAAAAACUGUCCCACCAUCACUCGGCAAGGAUCAAAGUCAGGAGCUCUCACAUCACAGGUCUUCUUUUUACAGCGAUGAGGAGUCUGCCGUGCUGGAGGGCUUAGUGGAUGAGAUGGUUUCCCUCUCUGAAGAGAUGAAUGUUUGGGCAGAGUCAGUCUCUGGUGAGGAGGAAUGCAGAAAGCCCAUCUCUGCUCCCACAGAGAUGUUCUACAAAGGCUUAGGUACCCAAGCGCCCAUGGACACCUCCUUCCCUUCGGUACAAGGGGGUAAAAGAGAGGUCUCUGAGCUGGAUGACCUUGCAGAACCCUAUCUUGUUGUGAGUGAGGAGUCAGUGGUACUGGAAGGGCAGGGAGUACAGACGGUUCCUCAUGAAUGUGAGCAUCUGGAGGACUUAGCGUUUGAGAGCCCCACUUCUAGUCAAGUGAGUGUUUCCUCAACAGAAAGCCUGGACACUGGAAAAAGACCCAGUCAAGUGACGGUGAGCAAGGACACUGGUAAACACCCAGAAGUUUCUUUAGUGAAAAUCAAAGACCUGUCGGACGAAACGCCCAGUCUUGGCAGUGGAACUCCAAAACUUGACAUAUCAGAGGUAGAGCCUGCCUAUUUGAAUUUCUCUGACUUGUAUGACAUUGUCUAUUUUCCAUUUGAAUUUAUGAACUAUAGGAAGCCUCCACCCAAACCAACUGGUAGACGGUUUAUACCUUUUGGUGAAAGGGCAAGGUCACCUCCUGCAAGACAUUUGCAUAAGGAUAAAAGACUGUGCAUCAGAGAAGAGGCAGAGGACAAGAACAGGAAGAACCAUUUGGAAAUAUCUGAGGAUUCAAAGGCAACUAACUUACUAGCCAUGGGGAAAGGGUCAGAGAGUCAUAAAGAAAUGUAUGGCCCCCAAAAGGGCUCAAGUGGUAAGCAGAAAAGCUCCUUCUACAACAAGCCGGGGCUCUUUAAGCCAUAUGCAAGGUCUCAUUCAGUGGAGCAGUCAGUGGAGCAGAGUCUGAAGAAGAAAGUAAAAGCUUCUGUUGCCCAUAUUUCAAAAAUCCUGAAAGGAAAGAUAUCUCCUGAGCCAGAGGCAGAAGAAGGAUCUCUGAAGAGGAAAUCAGCACUCUCUUCAUUCAAGUUCUCAAGCCUCAUGCCAAAGGAGAAAGCACCUUCGUUCACUGAGGAGCUCAUCGAUCAGGCUGCUGCCAUCGGACAGUGCGUGACGCUGUCGUGCCGGACGGCCGCUCACUCCUCCCUGCACAUCAACUGGUUCCGAGAUGGGAUAGCUGUCCACAGCAGCAGCCGGAUCCUUAUCUCAGCCACGCUCAAAAACUUCCAGCUAUUAACUAUUCUCUCUGUUAAUGCUGAUGAUUUUGGUAUUUACACCUGCGUGGCCACAAACUCCCUGGGCUCAGCAUCCACCUCUUGCGUCAUAAGAAAAGCAGAGCUUCCUCCCAGCCCUCCACCCCCUGACAUCGUGGAGGUCUACGAGGAUGGAGUGCAGGUGGUCUGGAAACCUGUGGAAACCAACACCCCCGUCCAUUACACUGUCCAGUGCAAGAGCGAAGAUGGGGAGUGGACGACUCUUGCUUCUGACAUCGCUGACUGCUGCUACUAUGCCAAAAAUCUCUCCAAGGGGUUUAUCUACUGCUUCAGGAUAGCCUGCACCAGUAAAGCAGGAAUGGGCCCUUACAGCGACCCAUCUGCCAAAGUAAAAAUCACUGGCAAGGAUCAAAUGGCUGCUACUGAAGAAGAGAGCGAAAUAAUCACACCAUCCGAGCCUUUCCCAACCUACCAGACCUACGCCUUCCAAACAGAGAUCAAAAGGGGUCGUUUCAGCAUCGUCCGACAGUGCAGGGAAAAAGUAAGCGGCAAGACUUUAGCUGCUAAAAUUAUCCCUUACUGGCAAGAGGACAAGCAAACUGUGCUCCUGGAGUACCAAGUCCUGAGGAAGCUUCAUCACACAAACAUAGCUCAGCUGAAGGGAGCCUACGUCAGCCCACGGCACUUAGUGCUGAUCCAGGAGAUGUGCGUGGGACCAGAGCUACUCCACUCUUUGGCAUUACGGACAUCAUACUCCGAAGUGGAGGUUCGAGACUACUUGUGGCAGAUCCUCAGUGCCACGGAGUACCUCCACGCACACAACAUCCUGCACUUGGAUCUCAGGUCUGAAAACAUGAUCAUCACUGAGCCCAACCUGCUGAAACUCCUGGAUUUUGGCAAUGCACAGUUCUACACACAAGACAAAGUUAUUACCAUGGACAAGUGCAUGGACUAUGUUGAAACCAUGGAACUGCUGACAGAGCAAGGAGCCCUCCCGCAAACUGAUAUCUGGUCCGUCGGAAUCACGGCUUUCAUCAUGUUGAGUGCCAACUACCCCAUCAGCUCCGACGUAGCCUGCGAGUUUCUGAGAACAACCAGGAGGGGUAAAGUGAAGCUCACACGGUGCUACGCGGGUCUCUCCGGGGGAGCGGUGUCCUUUCUCCAGAGUACGCUGUGUGCAAACCCCUGGGAUCCUCCUCACCAGCACGGAUCCCCGACUGAUCUUCUCACCUUUGUCUGUUCUAGGGGAAGGCCGUCAGCCUCGGAGUGCCUUCAGAGCCCGUGGCUCCAGGAGACAGGUUUAGACAACAGGCAGCAAGCCCUGGUUACCUUCCCCACCACCAAACUGAGGAAUUUCCUCACCGAACGGGAAAAGAAAAGGGGCCUGCUGUGCUCCAAGUACGGCCUCAUGAUUGCACAGUGA